GAGUUCAGCAGCUAGGCUACUGCAUCAGGCCCGAAGACCACAUUUCUUAGGAGUUCCAAAUGUUGAAUGUUUUUGUUGAGUUGUUGACCAGCUUCUUACUUCAAGUAUGGGUAUUUGUCCCACUAACAGCUUUCCCAGGGUAUAAUUUGAUGCUUAUUUGGUAAACUUCAAGUAUGUGAGUAUUACAGGUUUCAUGUAUAUUGACCACUCCUAUCUAAUCCUGGUAGAAAAAUAUUGUCCUAAUCCAGAUUAAAUGUAAGGUUUUUAAAUGGUGUGGUUUAUAUCUGGGCAGCACAGAGAAAAUUCUUGUACACACCCCCAUGUAUCAGUUGUUGGUGAUCUCUGGCCUGCUGGCUGAGGUUUUUCAAUGUCAAGAGGUUGGUUGGAGAACUUGACCUGGACGUUUCAGGAAGUGUGAGUUUUUUUACAUUUUACUUUAUCUCAAGCCAUUUUAAAUGGUCAACCUACACUAAUCACUUGAGAUUGGCAAUUUUCAUCGUAUUAAAUUCAAGAUGUUAAUAAAAGCUGAUUAGCUUCAGAAUUGGUCAAACCUUGUGUCUCUUAGCAUCAACAGAUUUGAUAAAAAUGUUUGUAAUAUUAGCAUAACAAAUUUAUUGCUUGUUUUAGCAUUUUGUGAGCAUCUUUAGAACACUUUACAACACAUUUUGUGUUCCUUAGCAUUUUAUGAACAUCUUUAGAACAUUUCAAGGCACAUUCUGUGUUCUUGAGCUUGUUGUUACAGUGAGCAAUUUAGAAUAAUACUUUACCAAAUUCUGUGCAUCCACUAGCUAAUGCCUGAAAGAGGACAUUGACUUAUGAAGGGAUAAGAGGUUUAUUGACUCAUUCAUUAAAAAAUAUUUUCUCCAGUAUAUUCUAUGUGCCAGGUACUAUGACAUGUUAAGGGCACAAUAGUAAUAAAACGUUUGUUUAUAAAAUCCUUGCUUAUGCAACACUUACAGCCUAGGGAGAUAGUCAUAAACAAUCAUUCUAAUACAUUUGAUAAGUAUAAACCAAGAAAAGCUGAGCUGAAAAUGGUGUGAUUCAGUUGGUGAGGGAACCAUAUCCUGACUUUGGGGUGAGUGAAGCCUAACCUGAUGCAAUGAAUCAUGAGCCGCAAGGUUCGGAGGCUGAGUAGGUGUUAAUUAUGUAGAAAAUGGCAGAUGGGGCAGAGAAGAGAACGCUUUAAAGAGUACUGAAUGUGUCAAGUCCCCUCUGGCACAAAGGGACUAGGGAACCAGUAUGUGUGGCUAGGGUAAAAGCUACUAUAAGUAAGCUGGUGGAAUUCUAUUCUUUUAUUCAUCCGUUUUUCUUUCACUUUCUCCCUUGCAUUCUCUGAAGAGUUAUAUUCCAUUUGGUUGAGUGAUUACUCUAUGCUGAUUGAGACUCUAAGGUAAAUAGACAUUCAUCUCAAGUUCCUGUGAGGUAAAUAUUUGCCACUUCACAGAUGAGGAAAGUGAGGCACACGUUGAUUCAAAGGAUGAUACAUGAUGCUCUGUUAUGUUCUUCUUCUUGGUACUUAAGUGUGAUUGUGGGCUGCAAGGGAACCCUUGCUGCCAUGUGACUCCUUCAUUGUCACCCUGCGAACUUCCGUGGUCUCUAGACAAUCCGAAUGCAGGCGGCCCUUGCCCUUGCCCACUUCAUGGAACUCAAGGGUGGAUCAUAGAAGAUAACCCCAGGGUAUCACCAGCUGAAAUAUUUGUGACUCUUGUGUCUGACUGAAUAUAGAAUAGCAGCAUAAAUAUUUUGACCUGACCUACUGCCUGUGAGAGAAAAGAGGUUAUUAUGUUUUCCGCAUCAUAUUUUUUCCUUGGUGGUAUUAGAAUAAAGGCAUAUUUAUUUAUUUGGCCAUGUAAUAAGAAGUCUAGGAAGACAGUGUGUCAUGUCAACUAGAAUUCUUAUUGUCACUCUGACUCCUUGUUCUUUUCUUUGCAGAGAGCUGGUUGGAGGUGGAGGUUGAGAGAAAAUGAGUUCUUUUUCUCAUUUACCUGCUGAAAACUCAACCACUGCAGUCAACAUGACUGAGACUUUGUCUACUCCAGUAAUGCAUGGAUUUAAUUCUACUAAUGACUCACCUUCCAUGGCAAUCACAAGGCUUUUCCCAGCUUUACUAGAGUGCUUUGGCAUAGUCCUUUGCGGUUACAUAGCAGGAAGGGCCAAUGUCAUAACAUCAACACAGUCCAAAGGACUGGGAAAUUUUGUCUCCAGAUUUGCACUUCCAGCUUUGUUAUUCAAAAACAUGGUUAUACUUAAUUUCUCAAAUGUGGAUUGGGCUUUCCUAUAUAGUAUCUUAAUUGGCAAAGCUUCUGUAUUUUUCAUUGUCUGUAUAUUAACCUUAUUGGUUGCCAGUCCUGAUAAUCGCUUUAGCAAAGCUGGACUAUUCCCUAUUUUUGCUACACAAAGUAAUGACUUUGCAUUGGGAUACCCAAUAGUUGAAGCUUUAUAUCAAACUACAUACCCAGAAUAUCUUCAGUACAUUUAUCUGGUGGCCCCAAUAUCUCUUAUGAUGUUAAAUCCCAUCGGGUUUAUCUUCUGUGAAAUCCAGAAGUCGAAAGAUGCUCAAAGUACUUCUCAAAACAAAGUAAAAAUUGUGGGACUUGGAUUUCUCCGUGUGCUACAGAACCCAAUAGUGUUUAUGGUGUUCAUUGGUAUUGCCUUCAAUUUUAUUCUUGAUAAAAAGAUUCCUGUAUAUAUGGAAAAUUUCCUUGAUGGACUUGGAAAUUCUUUCUCUGGAGCAGCCCUGUUUUAUCUUGGUCUCACCAUGGUGGGAAAAAUAAGGAGACUGAAGAAGUCAGCAUUUGUUGUACUCAUUCUUCUCAUCACAGCCAAACUCCUGGUACUGCCACUUAUUUGUAGAGAAAUGGUGGAACUCUUGGACAAGGGCGACAGUGUAGCGAACCAUACAAGUUUAUCGAAUUACGCGUUUUUGUAUGGCGUCUUUCCCGUAGCACCAGGAGUGGCUAUCUUUGCAACGCAAUUCAACAUGGAAGUUGAGAUCGUAACCUCAGGGAUGGUGAUAAGCACAUUUGUGUCUGCUCCUAUCAUGUAUGUUUCUGCCUGGUUACUGACCUUUCCCUCUAUGGACCCCAAGCCAUUGGCAUAUGCCAUUCAGAACGUUAGCUUUGACAUAAGUAUUAUCAGCCUAGUUUCCCUGAUCUGGUCUCUGGGUAUUCUUCUUUUAAGUAAGAAAUAUAAGCAGCUUCCUCAUAUGCUUACAACAAACUUACUCAUUGCUCAGUCUGUUGUCUGUGCUGGAAUGAUGCUAUGGAAUUUUGUUAAAGAAAAAAAUUUUGUUGGACAAAUUCUGGUGUUUGUUCUGUUGUACAGCUCCCUCUAUAGCACCUACCUGUGGACAGGUCUUCUAGCAGUUUCUUUGUUUCUUUUGAAAAAGCGAGAGAGUGUACAAAUCCCAGUUGGAAUCAUCAUAAUAUCUGGCUGGGGAAUUCCUGCCCUCCUUAUUGGUGUUCUUUUGAUAACGGGAAAGCACAAUGGAGAUAGCAUUGACUCAGCUUUCUUUUAUGGAAAAGAGCAGAUGAUCAUCACGGCAGUCACCCUGUUCUGCAGCAUCGCAAUCGCCGGCAUAUCGCUCAUGUGCAUGAACCGCACUACUCAAGCUGGGCGCUAUGAAGGCUUUGACCAGUCUCAGAGCCACAAAGCCACAGACCCUGACAAUGCUAUUUUUGAGGAAAGUCCAGCACCAACAAGUGAACCAGAACUUUUUACAAGUUCCAUGCCAGAAACAAGCAGAGAUACAGAGACAGAGAGAGAUCUCCAAUCUGCUGGUUCACACCCCACAUGUCUGCAUCAAAGCCACGAGCUGGGAAUCCAACCCGGGUCUCCCAUGUGUGUGGCAAGAACCCAAGCACUUGAGCCAUCACCUGCUGCCUCCCAGGGUUGCUGUUCCUGCUCCAUUGGAAAUGGUGAACUGCACUGCCCAUCAGCGGAGCCCGGAGCAAAUACAAGCACCAGUAGACCUGCGACUCCUUCGUUUGAGAAAAACGAGCACUGUGAGGGUCGCUGUAACUCCCAGAGCUGCAUCUUGGCCCAGGAGGAGGAGCAGUACCUGCAGAGCACCGACCAGCAACUGACUCGACAUGUGCUGCUGUGUUUACUCCUCAUCAUCGGCCUGUUUGCUAAUCUUUCCAGUUGUCUAUGGUGGCUAUUCAACCAAGAGCCUGGAAGACUGUAUGUUGAGUUACAGUUUUUCUGCGCUGUGUUUAACUUUGGCCAGGGAUUUAUUUCCUUUGGAAUCUUUGGAUUAGAUAAACAUUUAAUCAUCCUGCCAUUUAAAAGAAGACUUGAAUUCCUAUGGAACAAUAAAGAAACAGCAGAAAACAGGGAUCCUCCUGUAUCUGAGGAAAUAAAAAUGACCUGUCAACAGUUUAUGCAUUAUCACCGUGACCUAUGUAUCCGAAACAUUGUCAAGGAAAGAAGGUGUGGUACAAAGACUUCUGCUGGGACCUUCUGUGGCUGUGACCUGGUGAACUGGCUAAUUGAAGUUGGCCUUGCCUCCGACCGUGGUGAAGCUGUGAUAUAUGGAGACAGACUGGUGCAAGGGGGAGUCAUCCAACAUAUUACAAAUGAUUAUGAAUUUCGGGAUGAGUACUUGUUUUAUAGAUUUCUUCAAAAGAGUCCUGAGCGGAGUCCUCCUGUUAUCAAUGCAAACCCCGUAUAUCAGGAAAGAUAUAAAGAAAUUGAGCAUUCAUCCCCUUCCUCACCUUCCCCCAACACCUAAAUUGUGAAGGAGAGACUCCCACAUGGAAUCCUAGUCUAGCCCCUAAUCUGUUACUUUGCACUGUGUGACUAUGGGCAAGUGACAAACAGAGCUUCAGAGCUUCAGCUGCCUCUUUGGGAAAGUUUGACAACUUUUUUGGUUGUUGUUCUCAUUUCAUGCUAACAUUCUGUUUUUUAUGUGUAUGUAAAACUCAUAGGAAACUGACUUGGAAAAAAGAAAAACAAAUCAAAAUUUAAAAGUUCUGAUAUAAUAAUUACCAUAAUACUAGUAUGUCAACAUUUAAAAAUCAUUGUCUUCUGCAAAUGUUUACUGCAAUUUCAAAAUCAGUAUCAGAUUCACUAGCUGUUUCUUUAAGUUGCCAUGUAUAUUGUUAGCAGGAAAUGAACCUUAAAUGAUGAAAACUUCGCAUUUACUUAUAGCACUUCCCCAAAAAAGAAUUUUAAUAAGAAGGUCUUCCUAUUUUUAUUUUUUCCAUUUUCUUGAUGAUGAUGACUCAUUUACAAUCUGGAACACUGAUUUUAAGGUUCAACUUUUCCUUGCUUCUCUAUCCAAAGUGCUAACCUGUGAACCUAGGAAGGAAAUAAGA